UUGAAAUCUUCUGAAUAUUUUUUCCUCUCUAGCUUUAACCCAUAUUAUGCUGCUCAUUCAGCUCAAAUCACUUUAUUACUACUCCAUCCAUGGAACAAAAAUGUCCGAAAAGAACCACAACACUUGUAGCCUUAAUCUUAUUAUUAUCCUUAACAACCUUACUUCCUCUGUUCUGGCCUGACCAUGGGGAAGUGAGAGAUGUGGACACCAUCAUCAAGAUGAUGGAAGCCGAAGGCGGCGGCGACUGCGACAUCUUGGCCGGGGAAUGGGUUCCGAAUCCGGACGCUCCGUAUUACACCAACGCCACGUGCUGGGCGAUCCACGAGCACCAGAACUGCAUGAAGUACGGGCGGCCCGAUGACGGGUUCAUGAAGUGGAGGUGGCAGCCGGACGGCUGCGAUUUGCCGGUGUUUGACCCGUACCAGUUCUUGGAUACGGUCCGGAACAAGUCUCUGGCCUUCGUCGGAGACUCUAUCGGAAGAAACCAUAUGCAGUCAUUGAUUUGCCUCUUGUCUCGGGUAGAAUAUCCCAUUGAUGUUUCAACAUCUAAAGACGAAAAUUUCAAACAGUGGAGGUAUACAACAUUCAACUUCACCAUGGCAACAUUUUGGUCACCAUUCUUGGUGAAGGCCAAAGAGGCCGAUUUAGAUGGUCCAACCCACACCGGCUUAUUCAAUCUCUACCUUGACCAGGCCAAUGAGGAGUGGACAACUCAAAUUGAGAAAUUCGACUAUGUCAUCAUAAAUGCCGCACACUGGUUCUACCGUCCCAGCAUCUACUUCGAGAACAACAAAAGAAUUGGGUGUCGUUAUUGUUUGAUAAAAAAUGUGACUGACCUCCCAAUGUCUUACGGCUAUCGAAAAGCUCUCAAGACCACUUUUAAAACUAUAAACAAUCUAAAGAACUUUAAAGGUGUAACAUUUUUAAGGACUUUUGCACCGGCACACUUUGAAGGUGGGGAGUGGAACAAUGGUGGAAAUUGUUUAAGGCAAACGCCACUUAGAAGCAAUGAAACACUUCUGGAGGGAGCAAAUUUGGAAAUGUACUUGAUCAUAAUGGAGGAAUUUAGUGUAGCAGAAAGGGAAGGAAAGAUGAAAGGGUUGAAAUAUAAGUUGUUGGACGUGACAUAUGCUAUGCUAUUGAGACCAGACGGUCAUCCUAGUCGAUAUGGGCAUUGGCCACAAGAGAAUGUAGUGUUGUACAAUGAUUGUGUACAUUGGUGUCUCCCUGGUCCUAUAGAUUCUUGGAGUGAUUUCCUUCUUCAUGCUUUGAAGAUGGAGGGUAGAAUGAGAGGACAAUGAAUUUUUUUUUUGGG